CUCACACUGACGUCAUAGUUCAGGAGAACGUGGAGGUGACGUAUUUCUUCACUUACAGCUGUGGUGCUCACAUCUGGACACGUUAAACAUCAUGCUAACAACAUGCUAACAACAUGUCAACAACAUGUUAAGAACACAGACGCAUAACCGGACUUCCUGUUUCCUGUGACGAUGCUAAACACGGCGAGGACGCUGUCUGUUCCCAAGAUCUUCAUCGACACGUCUACACUUCAGAGACGCAUCGAAGCCGACAUCCUGCACACAGGAACCCUAACAGCUCAAAAUGAAUCUCGAGGCGCCCAAAGCUGAAAUCAAGUCAGCCACCCGAGUCAGCGGAGGCCCCGCCACUCCACGCAAGGGCCCCCCCAAGUUCAAGCAGAGGCAGACUCGUCAGUUCAAGAGCAAGCCUCCAAAGAAGGGCAUCCAGGGCUUUGGUGACGAUAUCCCUGGAAUGGAGGGAUUAGGCACAGACAUCACCGUCAUCUGCCCCUGGGAGGCCUUCAAUCACCUGGAGCUGCAUGAGCUGGCCCAGUACGGUAUCAUCUGAGCCUUCCUGCACCUCCCUGCAAUCCUCCACGGGUUACAGGCCUCAAACCAUUUGCCUCAGGCUCCGUCUCCCAGCUUCAAAUGGAACUGUUCCACACAAACGUCCACGACGAACUGUAACAAACAAAAAAAUGGAAAAAGAAAAAAACUUCUACAAAAAAACAUGAACUUUCUGUCCUGGAUUCUUUUUCUGACUCUGCAGUUCUCACAAUCAGUGCUGCUCAUGUUUAGGAUCUGUCCUGAUUCUCAUGACUUCUGUAGAUCUGCACAGUUGCGUCCGUCUCUCUCUUCUCUUGCUGUUGUUCUUCUUCUUCCUCAUUUCUUCUUCCUCUCAUGGACAAAGCAUGAAACUUACACAAGCGAGGCAGCCUCAGAUUGAGUUUAAGUGACAAACCCGUGAACGUGGGUGGGUUCCCACUUCAUGUGCUUCGACAUAUUAAACAUAAAGCCUGUAUAUUCUGUAGAGAGAGCAGACAGCAGUGCGAUAAGAUGAAUCACUCACCAUCAGAUUUCCCUCUUUUGCUUCUUUUUUGACCAAACUUUAACUGAACCCACCGUCACCAGGAUACAAACGUGUUCUUCACCUUGUAACCUCUAAAUUUUCUGUUAAUAUACUAAACAAGAAACCAUCUUAGAGCAGGUUCACUAUUUUCUACACUUAGUUUCACAUCUCUUCCCUCUCCCUUGUAUGAUAUUAAUGUAUGAAAGUAUUUUAUGUUUAUCACGUGUUUAUUUCUCAUAAUUUCAACCUGUGUGUAUAUGUUUGUGUUGCUGCGCUCAUUGUUGUCGCUCUCAUUUGUCGUUAUCUCGUACAGUGGAGGAUUAUACUUUUUAUUUCCUUCAUCUUUCAUCCAUCGUCACAUAUUUUUGACUUUUUAUUUCUUGGUUUAAUCUCCUCUGUCGUCGUCCCCGUCAUCGUGUUUGUGUUAGAGACAGUUACUAAUCGGCUGUAGACACAAAGUCCAUUCACACAUUGAGUUGCAUGUAGCUUCUCAGUUCGUGAUGUGACUUCUGUGAUCCUGACGUCAUCGCUCUUAUUUUUUUGUACAGUAACAAACACAUUGAUAACUUGGGAUGAGCGGGAUGUUUGAGAGCACACAGGUCUGAAGAGAUGAUGGAGCUUUGUCCUCUCUACAGGUUGAGGGAAAAAAUAAAACAUAAAAA